AACCAUUGAACCUUUGGUAGUAAACCCUACUGCAAACCGGAGCGGCGGACGAGAAAACCCAAACCCUAAUUUCUCCCAAAGGUGAGUAGCAAUGGCGGUCCCACUUCUCAGUAAGAAGAUCAUCAAGAAGAGGGUCAAGAAGUUCAAGAGGACCCAGAGCGAUCGAUUCGUCUCCGUCAAGGAAAACUGGCGUAGACCCAAGGGUAUUGAUUCCCGUGUCAGGCGAAAGUUCAAAGGAUCCGUGUUGAUGCCCAACAUUGGAUACGGCUCUGACAAGAAGACCCGUCACUACCUGCCCAACGGUUUCAAGAAGUUUCUCGUGCACAAUGUCAAGGAGCUCGAGGUUCUCAUGAUGCACAACAGGACUUACUGUGCUGAAAUUGCUCACAAUAUCUCGACAAGGAAGAGGAAGGAGAUUGUGGAGCGUGCUGCGCAGCUAGAUGUUGUUGUGACCAACAAGCUUGCCCGUCUCCGUAGUCAAGAGGAUGAAUGAGCUUUCUUCUCUAGGACUUUGGGAAAUUUUGCUUCCUGAGAGUAUUUUUAGUUUCUGUAAUGCAAUAUUAUCUAUGUUUUGGGAAUUUGACCAUGAAUUUGUUGCAUACACUUUUCAGUUGUUUUGAACUUAUAUUUGAUAUUUGAAUUCAGUAUUUUCUUGAGU